CCCCCACCCAACCCGGCCCCGUAACACCCAACAGACUACACACACCCACACAGGCCGCGCCACGGCCGAGAGGGAAAAACAAAGAACAGGGGAGAAGAAUAAAAAAAAAAAGGCAUGGCUGCCGCGACCGCGGCCGCCACCGUGACGGCGGCGGUGCCGAGCUGCAGCAAGCGCGAGAGCGACAACGUGGGCGCCGGCAUGACGAACAAGGUGAAGAGGGGGAGGUCGCCGCCGGAUGAGGAGGUCGAGGCGUUCCUCGCCGCCGCGGAGAGCGGUGUUGCAUGGCGCUUCGCGACCAAGUACAACUAUGACGUUGUCAAGGACGCUCCAAUGGACGGCCGAUACGAGUGGGUUCGGGUAAGCCCAUGACAAUGCCGCAACAGCCAGUCAACUGUCAGAUCCAAUAGACCGACCGCUUGUGUCCUCUUCCAUCUUUCUCUUGUAGUUUCCGUGAAAUGCUUUGGCUGUAAUUAUGCUCACGAGAUGGCUAAUCAUGUGAAGGAUUCACACUGUAGAUUGCACGUCAGUGGAUGUUCCACUUGUAACUUCGUAUGUGCUUAACUUGUCGUUGUGCGUUCCA